GAUUCAUAUUUCACUCAUCUCACUCCGAAUGGUUGGGACCAACCAGUCGUCAUCGAAGAGGAAGGAAAUCUAUAAAUACGAUGCACCUUGGUGUAUUUUCAGCUUGAAUUGGUCCGUGCGUCCAGAUCGGCGUUUUCGGCUUGCUAUCGGUAGCUUCAUUGAGGAAUACAAUAAUGAGGUCCAGGUCAUCUGUUUGGAUGAGGACCAGGGCGAAUUUUCAGUGCAAAGUACAUUCGCUCAUCACUAUCCGACUUCAAAAAUCAUGUGGAUCCCGGAUACGAAGAAUCAAUUUCCUGACUUACUAGCUACUAGUGGAGAUUAUCUGCGUGUUUGGCGUGUGCAAGAGGAUAACAAUGUCAAAUUUGAAUGCCGCCUAAAUAAUAACACGAAUUCGGACUACUGUGCCCCACUCACUUCCUUUGACUGGAACGAAGUUGACCCAAACAUCCUUGGAACUUCUAGUAUCGACACGACAUGCACCAUAUGGGCUCUGGAGACUCAACAGGCUUUGGGGCAUACAAAUGUGAUUAGCGGCCACGUGGAAUCGCAGUUGAUUGCACAUGACAAGGAAGUUUACGACAUUGGCUUCAGUCGGAUGGGAACCGGUCGCGAAAUGUUUGCCAGUGUUGGUGCUGAUGGUUCUGUUCGUAUGUUUGACAUUCGCAAUCUCAAACAUUCCACCAUCAUCUAUGAGGAUGCUAACCAUGCUCCUCUACUCCGGUUGGCCUGGAAUAAGCAGGAUUCCAAUUAUUUGGCUACGUUUGCCAUGGAUUCUGUUGAGAUUAUCAUCCUCGAUUUACGUGUACCAUGUACUCCCGUCGCGCGCCUCAAUAGCCACCGAGCAUACGUGAACGGUUUAGCAUGGGCUCCGCAUUCUAGCUGCCACCUUUGCACUGCGUCAGAAGACUGUCAAGCGCUCAUUUGGGAUAUACAAUCAAUGCCUCGUGCUAUCGAAGACCCAAUUCUAGCGUAUACUGCUGCCGGAGAAAUAAACCAGAUCCAAUGGUCCUCAACACAACCAGAUUGGAUUGCGAUAUGCUAUAACAGCUCUAUGGAAAUUUUGCGGGUUUGAAUUCUAUGACACCAAUUCCGACCAUAUUUUGGCUCUGUACAUACAUCACCACCCUUGUUUCCUUCCUUAUCUGAUUUCAAAGUUGCUUGCUUUCCUUUUUUCGUAUGUUGCACAAUAAGACAUACUUGUUCGCGG